GCGGAAGCGGAGUGAAAAAUCACAUGGUGCCCGGGAUCUCUGGGCUGCUAUGAGAAUGUACGCGUGGUGAUUGAAAUUUCUUGCGUCCGGACUCGAAAUUGACCUGGAAGAUGUUGGGCUCAAAGAAUUUGCCCUGGCGGCGGCUGCAGGGCGUUUCCUUUGGGAUGUAUUCGGCCGAAGAGCUCAAGAAACUAAGCGUCAAGUCAAUCACAAAUCCUCGGUACCUGGACAGCCUGGGCAACCCGUCAGCGAAUGGCCUAUAUGACCUGGCUCUGGGCCCUGCGGACUCCAAGGAGGUGUGUUCCACCUGCGUGCAGGACUUCAGCAACUGCUCCGGGCACCUGGGUCACAUCGAGCUCCCACUCACCGUCUACAAUCCCCUGCUCUUCGACAAACUCUACCUGCUGCUCCGGGGCUCUUGCUUAAACUGUCACUUGCUGACCUGCCCCCGAGCUGUGAUUCAUCUCUUAGUCUGUCAGCUGAGAGUCCUGGAAGUUGGGGCCCUGCACGCCGUCUAUGAGCUGGAGAGAAUUCUCAGCAGGUUUCUGGAAGAAAACCCUGACCCGACUGGAUCUGAAAUUCAGGAGGAGUUAGAGCAGCGGACAGCCGAGAUUGUGCAAGACAACCUCCUGGGGCCCCAUGGCGCACAUGUCAAGAACGUUUGUGAGAGCAGGAGCAAACUCAUCGCUUACUUCUGGAAGACGCACAUGACUGCCAAGCGGUGUCCGCACUGCAAGACCGGGCGGUCAGUUGUCCGAAAGGAACACAACAGCAAACUGACAAUCACAUACCCCGCCAUAGUGCACAAGAAAGCUGGCCAGGACACGGAGCCACUGGGAAUUGAGGAAGCGCAGAUGGGGAAGAGAGGGUACUUGACUCCCAGCACCGCCCGGGAGCAUCUCACGGCCAUUUGGAAGAAUGAAGGGUUCUUUCUGAGUUACCUGUUUUCGGGACUGGCAGAUGUUGGCAUGGAGUCCAAAUUCAAUCCCAGUAUGUUCUUCCUGGAUUUCUUGGUGGUGCCACCCUCAAGAUACCGCCCUGUUAAUCGCCUGGGGGACCAGAUGUUCACCAAUGGCCAGACGGUGAACCUGCAGGCAGUCAUGAAGGACAUCGUUCUCAUCCGGAAGCUGCUGGCACUGAUGGCCCAGGAACAGGAGCUGCCCCAGGAGGUGGCAGAAUGUGCCCCUGAGGAGGAGAAAGAUGCUUCCGUUGCCAUGGACCGGUCCUUUCUGGGUUUGCUGCCCGGCCAGUCCCUCCCAGACAAACUUUAUAACAUUUGGAUUCGCCUUCAGAGCCAUGUCAAUAUUGUGUUUGAUAGUGAGAUGGACAAAUUGAUGAUGGAAAAAUUUCCUGGUAUCAGGCAGAUCUUAGAGAAGAAGGAAGGUUUGUUCCGAAAGCACAUGAUGGGAAAGCGUGUGGACUACGCAGCCCGCUCGGUCAUCUGCCCAGAUAUGUACAUCAACACCAACGAAAUUGGAAUCCCCAUGGUAUUUGCCACCAAACUGACCUACCCGCAGCCAGUCACCCCCUGGAACGUACAGGAACUGAGGCAGGCAGUCAUCAACGGCCCUAACGUGCACCCCGGGGCCUCCAUGGUCAUCAACGAGGACGGCAGCCGCACGGCCCUGAGCGCGGUGGACCAAACCCAGCGGGAGGCUGUCGCCAAACAGCUCCUGACGCCCGCCACAGGGGCACCGAAGCCCCAGGGCACCAAGAUUGUGUGUCGGCACGUGAAGAAUGGGGACAUUCUCCUGCUGAACCGCCAGCCCACCUUGCACAGACCCUCCAUCCAGGCACACCAGGCCCGCAUCCUGCCCGAAGAGAAAGUCCUGCGGCUCCACUAUGCCAACUGCAAGGCCUACAACGCGGACUUCGAUGGCGACGAGAUGAAUGCUCACUUCCCCCAGAGUGAGCUGGGUCGGGCCGAAGCUUACAUCCUGGCCUGCACAGACCAGCAGUACCUUGUCCCCAAGGACGGUCAGCCAUUGGCAGGGCUGAUCCAGGAUCACAUGGUGUCGGGUGCGAACAUGACCAUCCGAGGGUGCUUUUUCACCCGGGAGCAGUACAUGGAGCUGGUGUACCGAGGACUCACCGACAAAGUGGGGCGUGUGAAAAUCUUCCCUCCCGCCAUCUUGAAGCCCUGUCCACUCUGGACAGGAAAGCAGGUCGUGUCCACGCUGCUCAUCAACAUCAUCCCGGAGGACCACCUCCCCCUGAACCUGUCUGGGAAGGCGAAGAUCAGCGGGAAGGCCUGGGUGCAGGACACCCCGCGGCCCGUUCCCGGCUUCAACCCCGACUCCAUGUGCGAGUCCCAGGUGAUCAUCAGGGCCGGGGAGCUGCUCUGCGGGGUGCUGGACAAGGCGCACUACGGCAGCUCCGCCUACGGCCUGGUGCACUGCUGCUACGAGGUCUACGGGGGCCAGACCAGCGGCCGCGUCCUCACCUGCCUGGCCCGGCUCUUCACGGCCUACCUGCAGCUCUACAGAGGCUUCACCUUGGGUGUGGAGGACAUUUUAGUGAAGCCGAAGGCGGAUGCUGAGAGGCGCCGGAUCGUUGAAGAGUCUGCUGGCUGCGGGCCCCGGGCCGUCAGGGCCGCGUUAAACCUGCCCGAGGCUGCGUCAUGUGAUGAGGUCCGAGGGAAAUGGCAGGAUGCCCAUCUGGGCAAAGACCAGCGAGAUUUUAACAUGAUUGAUCUGAAGUUCAAGGAGGAAGUGAACCAUUACAGCAACGAGAUUAACAAGGUGUGCAUGCCCCUCGGCCUGCACCGACAGUUCCCAGACAACAACCUGCAGAUGAUGGUACAGUCCGGAGCCAAAGGGUCCACCGUGAACACCAUGCAGAUCUCCUGCCUGCUGGGCCAGAUCGAGCUGGAAGGCCGCAGACCCCCACUCAUGGCAUCUGGCAAGUCGCUGCCCUGCUUUGAGCCUUACGAGUUCACCCCCAGGGCGGGAGGCUUCGUCACCGGCAGGUUCCUCACGGGCAUCAGGCCUCCGGAAUUCUUCUUCCACUGCAUGGCAGGACGAGAGGGCCUGGUGGACACCGCCGUGAAAACCAGCCGCUCGGGCUACCUCCAGAGGUGUAUCAUCAAGCACCUGGAGGGCCUGGUGGUCCAGUACGACCUGUCAGUCCGGGACAGCGAUGGCAGCGUGGUGCAGUUCCUGUACGGGGAGGACGGCCUGGACAUCCCCAAGACGCAAUUCCUGCAACCCAAGCAGUUCCCCUUCCUCGCCAGCAACUAUGAGGUGAUCAUGAAAUCGAAGCAUCUGCAUGAAGUUUUGUCCAGAGCGGACCCCCAGAAAGCCCUGCGCCAUUUCAGAGCUAUCAAGAAGUGGCAAAGCAAGCACUCCGGCGCCCCGCUGAGGAGAGGCGCCUUCCUGAAUUACUCCCAGAAAGUGCAGGCUGCAGUGAAAGCUGCCGGCCUUGAGGGUGCAAACCAGAACGGCCGCAGCCCUGACACUCAGCAGAUGCUGAGUAUGUGGUAUGAGUUAGACGAGCACAGUCGGAGGAAGUACCAGAAGCGGGCAGCACCAUGCCCCGACCCCAGCCUGGCCGUCUGGCGCCCGGACAUCUACUUUGCAUCGGUGUCGGAGACGUUUGAGAAGAAGAUGGAUGACUACAGUCGCGAGUGGGCGGCUGAAGCUGAGCGGAGUCACAGGAGACCAGCACUUUCUCUCGACAGCCUCAGGACCCUGCUGCAGCUGAAGUGGCAGCGUGCGCUCUGCGACCCGGGCGAGGCCGUGGGGCUGCUGGCGGCCCAGAGCAUCGGGGAGCCCUCCACGCAGAUGACCCUCAACACCUUCCACUUCGCAGGCAGAGGCGAGAUGAACGUCACCCUGGGCAUACCAAGGUUGCGGGAGAUUCUCAUGGUGGCCAGUGCCAGCAUCAAGACCCCCAUGAUGAGCGUGCCGGUGUUCAACACCAAGAAAGCGCUGAAGAGAGCGAAGAGCCUGAAGAAGCAGCUCACCAGGGUGUGCUUAGGAGAGGUGCUGCAGAAGAUUGACGUCCAGGAGUCCUUCUGUGUCGGGGAGAAGCAGAGCAAGUUGCGGGUGUACCGGUUGAGGUUUGAGUUCCUGCCCCACGCGUAUUACCAGCAGGAGAAGUGCCUGCGGCCCGAGGACAUCCUGCACUUCAUGGAGACCAGAUUCUUUAAAAUCCUGAUGGAAUCCAUCAGAAAGAAGAAUAGCAAAGCCUCAGCGUUCAGAAAUGUAAACACACGAAGAGCCACCCAGCGGGACCUCGACCGGGACGGGGAGGCAGAGCAGGGCAGGGGAGAGCAGGACGGGGAGGAGGAGGAGGGCCGCAUCGUGGACGCAGAAGCCGAGGAGGGCGACGCUGAUGCCUCGGAUGCCAAACGCAAGGAGAAGCAGCAGGAGGAGGUGGAUUAUGAGAGCGAGGAAGAGGAGGAGAAAGGAGGGGAGGAGGACGAGGAGGACCGGCCAGAGGAAGGGGCUGCGCAUUUGGAAAACACCCACAAGGCCCCGGAGCAGGAGCAAGAGCAGGAGCAGGAGGAGGAAGCAGGCGCCAGCGCCGAGGGAGACACGCCGCCCGAGGGCCCCCUGAGCCAGCAGCAGAGGGUGGCCCGCGGCCGAGAGCCCCAGGCCGCCGAGAGCCGUGUGCGGGCCGUGCUCGAGUGCCACCCCUUCAUCCACGGCUACGAGUUCGACACGGAGCAGAGCCUGUGGUGCGAGGUGACGUUGAAGCUGCCUCUGAUGAAAAUUAACUUUGACAUGAGCUCCCUGGUCGUGUCCGUGGCCCACAAUGCCGUCGUCUACGCAACCAAGGGCAUCACACGGUGUCUCCUGAACGAGACCACCAACAGCCGGCAGGAGAAGGAGCUGGUCUUAAACACGGAAGGCAUCAACCUCCCAGAGCUGUUCAAGUACGCCGAGGUGCUGGAUUUGCGUCGCCUCUACUCCAACGACAUCCACGCCAUGGCCAACACCUACGGCAUUGAGGCGGCGCUGCGAGUCAUUGAGAAGGAGAUCCGGGACGUGUUUGCCGUGUAUGGCAUCGCGGUGGAUCCCCGCCACCUCUCCCUGGUCGCGGACUACAUGUGCUUCGAGGGCGUGUACAAGCCGCUGAACCGCUUCGGGAUCCGCUCCAACUCCUCCCCGCUGCAGCAGAUGACGUUCGAGACGAGCUUCCAGUUUCUGAAGCAGGCCACCAUGAUGGGAGCCCACGACGAGCUGCGGUCCCCCUCAGCCUGCCUCGUGGUCGGGAAGGUCGUCAAGGGCGGGACAGGCCUGUUCGAGCUCAAGCAGCCCCUGACAUAGCGACGGGCACGCUGUCCGGAGACACCCCAGGACCACUGAGCGCCCACGGGGCCCGGGAGAUUCUCCCAGCCUGCAGCCAGCACCUGCCUCGACCUGCCCAGGUUCCCCUGGGCACAGCUGCCAGACUGUACCUGCUCCAGCCGGAGCUGCCAGGCUAGGCCGGCCCUCAUGCUGCGAUCGCCUCCUUGGAAAGUGCCCGGCUCUCCCCAGGGGGAGACCUCACUGCCUCCACAGCUGCUCUCCACGGCCACAUGGCCCCCGUGGACACUGGCCUGAAUUGUCCGCCCACGCUCUGCCUGGGCCGCAGCCUGGGUGGCACGGGCCUUCCCACGCCAGCCUCCGUGCCUGCUGACCUCUGAUGUUUCUCGAGCCCCCGGCCCUGCAGCCCAACCGCAGAGCCCCGUUAGUAAGGUGCCUGCGUGUCUGGUCUCCCUCCGGCCAGUGCAGGGCGAGACGGGGUGUGCAGGGGGGAGUCUUCUAGCCUCCCCGACCUGACUCCAGCUACCAGGCACCCUGACAGACCAGAAGAGAUUGGGGACGUGUGCAAAGGCUUUGUAGACCCACAGACCGUUUCUAUUUUUGUCUAAAGUUAUUCCAGCCCAGGCUGAGUAAUAAACAUCACUGGAACUGUUGGGAAGGGAAAAAAAAGAUGCCUCGGGUUUUCAGUUUUUCCCUUGGCUUGUGGCUUCUGCGGGUGUGAUUCAAAAACUUGGGACUGAUGUUUCUCAGCAGAGUCGAGUCCGGGUUCCUCUUCCUGUUCUUGGCAGAGGGUCAGAGCUGCUGCCCAUGACAGGAGUGGAGCCCGGGAGAAGGGGGCUGAGAGGGCGCCAUGCUUGAGCCCCCUCCAGAGACGACCCCACACUAGCCUUUCCCUCCUGUGCAAACCUGCUCGGGCGGGACGUGUGGGCAGGAGUGCUGACGGCCACUUUGCUCUGUGCAGUCUUCUGGUUUUGUUUAGGUGGGGUUUGGUUUUGUUUUUGUUUGGGGGCCAUACCCCACACUGCUCAGGGGUUACUCCUGGCAUUGUGCUCACGGGUCACCCCUGGAGGGGUGCAGGGUACCAUAUGUGCUGUUGGGGAUUGAGCCUGGAUCAGUCACAAGGUCAUGGCUGUGUCGUCAUCCACUGUGCCCUCUGGCUCGCAGCUAAGGGCUUCAGGGAAGAGCUGCCUCAGGCUCCGGCCCCAAAGGUCAAGGUGUUCUUGGAGCUGGUGCCCGUUCACUGCCUGGCGGUCUCCGCCUCCUCCAGGACAGAGAGGAGACACCCAUGGGGAAGAGCUUCUUGGCCCCCAGGCUCCGUUGUGAGCACCCAGCCCCAGGGCUCCCCCACAGGCGCAGGGGAGGGACGGGCUGGCCCUGACACGGCACAGGUCGUGCCCUCUGAAGUCAGGCACCAGCUCAGGUGGGAGCUGGUGACGGGCCCUGCCCAUGUGCCCCAUGUUUUCCGGGCAGCUGUGACCUGCGCUUCCCAGUGGGUAACAUCCCAGAGCUACACACCCUGGGGCACCAGGAGGCAGCUCAACGCGGGUCCAGAAGCUUCUUGGGGGGCUGCCAAGGCCACUUCAGACCGAGUCAUCUUCUCUUUGUGGUAUUUCUUCGGGGGGCCAGACCUGGCAGUGCUCAGGGGUCACUAAUGGCUUGGGGAUUGCUCAUGGAGCUGCUCAGGAGACCCUGUGGUGCUGGCAUGGCCCCGGGCUCACCCCAGCCCCUGCCGUGGCAGUAGCCCCGGAAUGACAAAUGGGGUUUCUCUGAGGGCACAUCUGGUUUUCAGAAAUAGCCACAUCAAGGUCCAAGCCCAUUUUUGGCUGAAGAAGAUGAAGCAAUCCCAACAGCAUAUUUUUUAAUCAAAAUGGAAUGGAGAGUGAGUAAUGGGUUCACAGUGCCGUGGAGGCAGUGAGGUCGGGGGCCCAGGCGUGGCCUGUUCCUUGGUCCUGCCCCCACCUUGCUCCUUGGUGUGGCUCAGUCCCGCUCCCUUGCUUGGAGCAGAGCAUGAGAUUUAGUACAGCAGGGAGGGCACUUGCCUAGCACGUGAUUGACACGUGUUCGGUCCCCGGCAUUCCAUACGGACCCCUGAGCACUGCUGUGUAGAUGCCUCGAUGAAACAAAACAGUUGAUUGUUGGGGCUGGAGAGAUAGCACAGCGAGUAGGGCGUUUGCCUUGCACGCGGCCGACCCGGGUUCAAAUCCCAGCAUUCCAUAUGGUCCCCUGAGCACGGCCAGGGGUAAUUCCUGAGUGCAGAGCCAGGAGUAACCCCUGUGCAUCGCCAGGUGUGACCCAAAAAGCAAAUAAAUAAAUAAACAGUUGAUUGUUGUUAA